UAGCUGGCACGAAUGGCACAAAAUAAUUUCAUACGCCGUAGGCACUGAUAUAGUUAUAUUGCCAAUGGCAUACAUAUUUUUACUGGUGCAUUGGUGUGUAUUGUGGUUAAAUAAUGAGUAUAACGAGAUGACAGGGUGGUAUCAGUGCUUUAACAAGAUGAUUUAUUGCAAUUUUCACCAUUUUGUUAGCUGGAAGCAAACUAAAAAACAUCGAACGAAAUUAUACUUUUUCGCGGAUACGUAAUACCGAUGCUGGUGUAAAAUGAUUGUCAAAAGAGUCCACGCGGAGACGCUUCAAAGUUUAAAGACCUUGACAUUUUUUCGAUCUAAUUUUGAUCUGUCGCAGUAAUAUGUCGCCUCUGGCAAAACGUGCGGGAGGGGGGGCGUAGAAGUCGGAAAAAGGGGUGGCUAGCUAAAAGCGAAACGUCUGGUAUUCAGGGUAAUUUCAGUGCAACUCUUUUUUCUAGCAACUAUAAAUAUAUUAAUAUAAUUCGAACAAAUGCGUGGAAUUCAUUUGAACAUGCUAUCACCGGUGCGCAUCCAUGAAGCCAGGAGGACACAUGAAGGUGUGGAAAGUUUGCGAGGGAGGUUAGGCAACAACUGCGCUGAGAACACUGACAAUCCAGAAAGUUGCAUUGAGUAUGACGAUGAAACCGACCAACCAGAUGAAAGUGCCAGUGUAACACGUUGGGAUAUAAUAUUUCUGAGUUUCUCUAUCGUUACCCAUAUUUUCGAUAUCGGAGCUGACAUCAACUUAGCGGCUCGAUAUCUGAUCUAUAACAAGAUAACGUAUUUUGCUUGGACUGUAGUGUUCAUAAUUUUUCCGACAUUUGUAAAUACGUUCAUCAGCUUCAGAAUAAAUUACCAGGACCGCCAGCUCGGCCUAAUCCCUGUCAACGAGGAUGGAAAGCAAGGUGGUAUGAUAACGGCAACAACUAGGGCUGCAAGGAGAAAGACAUGGUGCAUUUUGGUGCUUUUGUUUCAAUUUGCUCCAGUUCUCCGCUACUGGGAUAGUCUUAGAUAUGCGAUGAAAGCACGAAGGUGCAAAAAAGCUGGGGACCUAGUCGGACAACGGCGAUAUUAUCUGAAAAUGAUUAAGGAAGAUCAGAAUGUUGCACUGCUCAGAGUUUUCGAAUGUUUCCUCGAGGCUGCACCUCAGCAAAUCCUUCAACUUACCAUUCUGCUUAAAGAUGAUGAUUUAUCUGAAUUGACUUUUCAAUUGUUGCAGAUAGGCAGCGUAUGCAGCUCCCUUGUGAGCAUGGGUUGGUCUAUGGCGAGUUAUCAUCGAACAAUCCGUUUGGCUCAACAUGACAAACCAAACAUUGACCUUGUUGGAACAAUUCUUCAAUUCUUGUGGCAUUUCUGUGUUACUGUGUCACGCAUCUUGUCGAUCAGCGUUGUUGCAAGCAUGCAGCCCUUAUAUACAGGGCUAGCCUGUGCUUGUCAUUGGGCAAUCAUGACUACCUGGUUGGCUGCAGAGCCUGGCGGAGCAGCAGAAUUUUGCCGUGACGUAAAUAACUCGCCACUCUCCCCAUUGACAGUACUCGAGAGAAUAAGAUCUGCACUUUUUGCUGCUGUGCUUGGCACCGUAUAUGUAUUCACAUACCUGAAUCCAACCGAUGGUCAUACUUUUGUCAGACACUUAUUUUACUAUGCAUUAUGCUCCGUAGAGAACGGGGCUGCCGCAGCUUUAUGGGCUACGGAAGCCAAUCAGAAGCUCCGAGAUCGUUGGUAUUUCGAAUUUUUGAUAGUUCUUUGUACUGUACCAUUUUGUAUAGGUAUCGCAGCCAUGAUACUUUACUACGUGUAUUUUCACCCCACAACUAAACGCAAAAACUCCCCCCCUGAACAAGUCACUGCAGUCAGUUCGAUUAUUAUACCAUACUCCAACAUGUCAGAUAAGCAAAUUGGCAUGGACUUACAAAAAGCGAUUAAAACGGACGUACUACGAGCCGUUACAACAGAUGUGCAACAGCAGUUAGAAACGAACGUGCAACAACAAUUCAAAAUAGACGAGCAAAAGGACUUGGAUAACUCUGUAAAAUUCAAUAUGACUGGAAUGACAAUAAACACAGACGGCAAUAACAACGAGAGUGAAAGUACCGUGAAUUUAACAGUAGUUGAUCCACAAAAUGCAUGCGAUGAGAGCAAUCCAUUCGCACCCAGAAAGAAACCAGAUAAUGCAAGGUCAAAUGAUAACGCCGUCGACGAAACACCCAGCGUUUCAAAUUUUACACUGGCGUGUAAUGCUGGGUCCAUUGUGAUGUAUUUCAUCUUCUUAACCGGCAAUAUUCGGCUUGUGAUCGAGUAUUGGACAUCCGAUAAGAAGGAAUACCUAAUUUUUAUGAUCGUGCUGCUCAUACUGACAUCGGUAAUAAUCCCCGGGGUCAGUGCAAAAAUGCAGUAUUAUGAGGUGGAAACAUCGACAACGGAGGUGGAAAAUCUAAGAAAGAAAAGAAGCCGGUUGGAUAAACUAGCCAAUCUUAAGGUACCAUUCUGGCUGGCUGUUCUUUUCCAACUUGAUGUGCUCUUGCGCUGCGUACGCCACCUGUGUCAUGGAUUAGCCGUCCGAAUGUACGGGGCGAAGGGAAAUUUGGAGAAGCAAUAUGGUUGGUACGAUGCGAUGCUCAAGGACAAUGCGGAUCUAGCGCUGCUUGACCUGAUCAGAAGUUUCGUGGCCUCAGCACCGCAGCUCAUUCUACAGCUGACCCUUUUUUUCGACCAGGGGUUGGAUUCAGUACCUUUGUGGAAGAUAUUUACCUGGAGUAUUACCGUGAUCUGCCUCGGCUUGGCAAUGAAUACAUAUCAUUGCGCGGUUCGCUUGCCCCAACCGGACAAGCGUCGGAUAACUAAACUCGGAGAGGUUUUCAUGUCCCUGUGGUAUUGUUGUACAAUUGGUGCUCGGAUCCUUCUAAUCGCCAUCACAGCAAGCAAAUGGCCAUCAUACACGUUGCUCGGUUGCACGGUCAAUUGGUUGGGAUGGACUACGUGGAUAUACGUACAGAAGAAUGGAGUGCUGAACUUUUGUCGCGAUCGGACAAAAUCUGAACCAACCGAACCGACGCGUCUCGAAUUAUUAGGGACAUUCCUUUUUUCAGCCGUCAUAGCUGUAGUCUACAUGUUCACUGCAGUCAUUUUGAAAGAUGGGUCCACUUUCCUUAGGUACUGCUUUUACUAUGGGCUAAUGACACUGCAAAAUGGAGCAAUGCUCAUACUUUUCCUAUAUUUCAGCAGUACACCUGUUGAAAACUAUUUGAUUUUAGAUGCGUCUUGUAUUCUCGCCAUGACAUUGUUUUUCAUUGGCAUUGCUGCCAUGAUGAUGUAUUAUCUAUUUUUCCAACCAACAGUGAAAAUCACAUACGUAACAUGCUCUCCAGUAUAAAUUACUACUGUUAGUCUCGUGUUCAAUGCAACUUUUCCAGUUGUAUUAUUACCCGUGUUUUUUAUGUAUAAGUUUUUUUUAACCACUGUCAAUGCUGUUAAAAUGUUAGAAAAUUGAAUGAUGAUACGUUUAAUACUGAUAAUACUUUUAUACAUGUGUAUUUUACACCAAAAAUAAAUGAAUAUAUUAUAUGUA